CUUCCUUUCCUUUCCUUUCCCUUCCCUUCCGGGCUCCAGCCUGUCCAAAGCGUCGUGGCCCUAGCCCAGGACACUGCGCUGAGAACAGUCCAGUUCCCCCAGCCAGGAUGUCAGGCCUGGUUUUGGGGCAGCGGGAUGAGACUGCAGGCUACCGGCUCAGCCAGGAGGAGAUCCUGGGCAGCACUCGGCUGGUGAGCCAAGGGCUAGAGGCACUCCACAGUGAACACCAAGCCGUGCUACAAAGCUUGUCCCAGACCAUCGAGUGUCUGCAACAGGGCGGCCAUGAGGAAGGACUUGUACAUGAGAAGGCUCGGCAGCUGCGCCGCUCCAUGGAAAACAUCGAGCUGGGGCUGAGUGAGGCCCAGGUGAUGCUGGCCUUAGCCAACCACCUGAGCACAGUGGAGUCUGAAAAACAGAAGCUCCGGGCUCAGGUGCGACGGCUGUGUCAGGAAAACCAGUGGUUACGGGACGAGCUGGCAGGCACCCAGCAGAGACUCCAGCAGAGCGAGCAGGCUGUGGCGCAGCUGGAAGAGGAGAAGAAGCACCUGCAGUUCUUGGGGCAGCUGCGGCAGUACGAGGAGGAUGGUCACUCGGGGGAAGAGAAAGACGGUGACUCCACCAAGGACUCCCUGGAUGAUUUGUUCCCCAAUGAGGAAGAGGAGGAGGAGACCAGCAAUGGAUUGUCCCGAGGCCAGGGCAGCCAGCACAGCGGCUAUGAGAUCCCAGCAAGGUUGAGGACUCUGCAUAACUUGGUGAUCCAGUACGCGGCCCAGGGGCGCUACGAGGUGGCUGUGCCACUGUGCAAGCAGGCGCUAGAGGACCUGGAGCGCACAUCAGGCCGAGGCCACCCUGACGUAGCCACCAUGCUCAACAUCCUGGCGUUGGUGUAUCGGGAUCAGAAUAAGUACAAGGAAGCUGCCCAUCUACUGAAUGAUGCCCUCCACAUCCGAGAGAGCACCCUGGGCCGAGACCACCCAGCUGUGGCUGCCACACUCAACAACCUGGCUGUGCUCUAUGGCAAAAGGGGCAAGUACAAGGAGGCAGAGCCGCUAUGCCAACGAGCCCUGGAGAUUCGAGAAAAGGUCCUGGGUGUUGAUCAUCCUGAUGUCGCAAAACAACUGAACAACCUAGCCCUGCUGUGCCAAAACCAGGGCAAAUAUGAGGCUGUGGAGCGCUAUUACCAGAGGGCUGUGGCCAUCUACGAGGCACAGCUGGGACUCGACAACCCCAAUGUCGCCCGGACUAAGAACAACUUGGCUUCCUGUUACCUGAAACAAGGCAAGUACAUGGAGGCUGAGAUGCUCUACAAAGAGAUCCUGACCCGCGCCCACGUGCAGGAGUUUGGGCCUGUGGAUGAGGACCACAAGCCCAUCUGGAUGCAUGCGGAGGAGCGGGAGGAAAUGAGCAAAGGCCGGCACCAUCGUGAAGCUGGCACCCCCUAUGCUGAGUACGGAGGCUGGUACAAGGCCUGCAAAGUGAGCAGCCCCACUGUGAACACCACACUGAGGAACCUGGGCGCGCUGUAUCGGCGCCAGGGCAAGCUGGAGGCAGCAGAGACCCUGGAGGAAUGUGCCUUGCGCUCCCGGAAACAGGGCACUGACACGAUCAGCCAGACCAAGGUGGCUGAGCUGCUCGAAGGGGACAGUGGACGGGCCUCCCAGGAAGGCCAAGUGGGCAGUGUGAAGUUUGAGAGAGGGGAGGAUGCCUCUGUGGCUGUGGAGUGGUCAGGGGAUGGCAGUGGGACCCUGCAGAGGAGCGGCUCUAUUGGCAAGAUCCGGGAUGUGCUUCGAAGAAGCAGUGAGCUCCUGGUCAGGAAGCUCCAGGGGACCGAGCCUCGGUCCUCCAGCAGCAACAUGAAGCGUGCAGCCUCCUUAAACUAUCUGAACCAACCCAAUGCAGCACCCCUCAAGGUCUCCCGAGGCCUUAGUGCCAGCACCAUGGACCUUUCCAGCAGCUGACAUCCAACCUCUUCCUCAGGGAUCUGUGGGGGUCCCCCACACCCCUCACAACAUUCUCUGUUGCUGCAGUUCCUCCAGCCCUGAGAAGGGCUGUGAAGUGAGGGGCAGUGAGCCAGGUCCACUGCUUCCCCAGGCUCUCUCCAGGAAUUUCCCUCAGGAAGGACCUUCAGGAUAUUCUCCCCGGCUUGGUCCUUUAGAGCAGCACUUCUCAACCCCCAAUAUGUAAGGGGAAUUCCCUAACAUAUUCCCUGAGGGUCACAGGUGAAAACUGUGUCAGGUGAGGCUCCAGCAAGAAACACAGGGGAGCCCUGGUAGGAUAGAGAGGGCCACAGGAAGGAAGCGAAGUGGGACAAAGGUUGAGAAAUGCUGUCUAGAGUAGUUUAAGCUCCGAGGCCCAUGGUCCAGAGAAGCAGGUUUGCACCUCCAGGAAGUGGCUGGGCCUGCCCUUGGCUCUCCAAGCCCCCCUCUGCCUCACUUCAGGUCCGACUAUUUCACUUUUCGUAAAUAAA